AUGAACGACACCACGACCACCCCUUCUCCCACUCCGGGUCCCGCCACGAAAGCAUCUCCGACUUUGAAUUCCCCCUCAGUAGCGGCCGGAACGAAACGCAAGCGCGCAUCCGCAGCGAAAUAUUAUGCCGUGAAGGCUGGCUAUCAGCCCGGUGUUUAUUAUGAAUGGCGCGAUUGUUUGACCCAGGUUACCGGGUACAAGGGAGCUGUCUUCCAGGCCUUCCCUUCGUACGAAGAAGCAAAUGCUUUCCUCACUGGGACCCGUGCGCCCGCUGCGCGCGGCGGUACCCCCCUAGAUUCUGAACCCACGAGAUUUUACGGUGUUCAGCGCGGUCGAAUACCCGGUGUUUAUACGGACUGGGCAAAAGCACAGGAGCAGAUCAAAGGCUUUCCCAAGCCGCGUUACAAGAAAUUCUCGACCAGGGAGGAGGCAGAGGAGUUUGCAAGGGAAGGCCAAGGAUCCGGCGCUACGUUCGGAAAGACCCCGGAAUCGCAGAAGCUCGCCGGUGCACCGCGGAUGAUGAACGGGGUCCCUGCAGAUGCGCAGGGUAUACCUUUUGAGGCGGGCACUGGUCCUCUGCCGACCGGAGCGGAGGAUGGGUUUGACCCCAAUGUAUUGUUGGAUCCCAAAACAGGAAAAGUGGUCUAUAAAUCACAGGACCAGAAGGCCGCGACCAAGGUGAAAUCUACUGGUCCGCCGGGGAUGCUGCGCAUCUACACGGACGGUAGCUCCUUGAAAAAUGGCAAAGCGCUUGCCUCAGCGGGCGUUGGGGUUUACUUUGGACCUGGCGAUUCCCGAAAUGUUUCCGAGCCCCUUAAAGGUAGUCGCCAGACCAAUCAGCGUGCCGAGCUGACGGCCAUCCUCCGGGCGCUUGACAUAGCUCCACGACAUCGGGACGUGACCAUCUUCACAGAUAGCCAAUACGCGAUCAACUGUGUGACGGUGUGGUUUACAAAGUGGCGGCGCAACAACUGGAUGACCGCUGGCAACAAGCCGGUGGACAACAAGGAUCUGGUUGAAUCUAUUCUAUCGAAGAUCGAAGAACGCAAUGAGCUGAAGGUGAAGACCUUGUUCGAAUGGGUCAAGGGACAUAGCUCCCACCCUGGGAAUGAGGCCGCCGAUCGUCUGGCGGUGAGUGGUGCUCGACGAGGAGUUUCGGAGAAGGCUGCAGCAUUGGAAGCAGUCAAGGACAUUCCGGACGAGGCUUUUGAGGAGGAGGAUGACGACGACUUCUGA